AAAAGUUUUCAUCUUGAUGGCUCAGAUGUAUUAGUUUUCUCGUGAAAACAAAAAGGAUUAAAGAGUGAACCAGUUGUACAAUUACUGGUAGACAUGGCUGUGUAUCGAGUUGGUCACAGCUUCUCUCCCUUACAACCUUUCGUGUUUACUCUCUCUCACUUCCCUCUUGUGUUUACUGUGUAACAGGUCCCUCAAGAAAAAUGUUCCUGAUACCAAUUGUUGAUGUAGUUGCUGGUGUUUUGCAGAAAAAAGAACAAGAAGAAAUGGAGAUGAGGACUGGCUCGCUGAUAGGAGCACAGAUAUUUCCAGCAUCAAUGGAGAAGGUGAUCAUGUGGUUCAUAUUCCUUCCAUUGUUGUUGACACAGUGCCCCAUGACAGCCUUAGCCAUGUCUCUCACAAACUUCACCACAGACCAAUCUGCCCUUCUUGAAUUCAAAGCUCACAUCACUUCUGAUCCUGGUAACAUUAUCUCCUCCAACUGGUCUUCUGCCUCCUUAAUCUGCAGCUGGGUUGGUGUUUCCUGUGGUACUCGUCAUUGCAGAGUCACUGCCUUGGAUCUUCCGAACAUGAACCUCUCUGGCAGCCUCCCUCCCCAUCUAGGAAACCUCUCAUUCCUUAUAUCUUUCAACCUGAGUGGAAACGGUUUCCAAGGCCACUUGCCUCCAGAACUGGGGAAUUUGUGUCGUCUGAAGCUCAUUGACCUAAGCUACAAUUUCUUUCAAGGAAGCAUCCCAGAGGAGAUUGGUGUGCUUUCAAACCUGGAGAUUUUUAUAGUGGGACACAACCAGAUUUCAAAUUCCAUUCCACUGGCCAUCUAUAAUAUUUCCUCCCUACAGGUUUUGGAUUUAAUGUCCAAUUAUAAGCUCACUGGAAGUAUAUCAAGGAAUAUCAGAAACCUAACUAAGCUAAGAGAAAUAUAUCUUGUAGAUACAGAAAUUAGUGGGGAAAUACCAUGGGAAAUGGGUGAUCUUCAUAACUUGGAGAUACUUGCAGCUGGAAAUGCAAAUCUCUCAGGUCCCAUUCCACCCAACACCUUCAAUAUCUCUUCAUUGAGAUGGAUUUAUCUGGAGAGAAAUAGCCUAUCUGGUUCUUUCACAGAUGACUUUUGCUAUCAUAUGCCAAAUGUUGAAGUGCUUUAUUUGUACAUGAAUCACUUAAGUGGCUCAAUUCCCUCAAGUAUAGGCAAAUGCAGGAAGCUUCAAAAGCUCAAUCUGUCCACUAAUAGAUUCACUGGAUACAUCCCAAGAAGCAUUGGAAACUUGACUGAACUCACUGAAAUAUAUUUGAGUAAUAAUGAAUUGGAAGGCGAAAUUCCAGUAGAGUUGGGUAAUCUCCUCAACCUGGAAAUAUUGAGAAUUGAGGGAGCGGGACUUACUGGUAUUGUUCCUCCUAAAAUCUAUAACAUAUCCUCACUGAAAUAUAUCUAUCUACGAAACAACAGCCUUUCGGGGAGUUUUCCUGAGGAUUUGUGCCACGGUCUUCCAAUACUUGAGGAGCUUAACUUCUACAACAAUAAGCUCACUGGAACCAUUCCUAAGGAUAUUGGAAACUGCACUUUGCUCAACUAUAUUGCCAUUGACACAAAUUUCCUGACAGGUGAAAUACCAGAGGAGAUUGGCAAGUUACCUUUGAGCUCUUUGUAUAUGGGACACAACUCUUUGAUUGGUUCCAUUCCUCCCAAUAUCUUCAACAUCUCAACCUUGGAUAUCAUUGCCUUACAAUUUAAUAACCUUUCAGGCCAUCUUCCUUCAACCCUCGGACUUGGGCUUCCAAAGCUUAUCUCUCUAGUUCUCAACCGAAAUAAACUCAGUGGUAUUCUUCCAAGUUCUAUCUCUAAUGCUUCCUCGCUUGCCAACCUGGAGCUUGGCCACAACUCAUUCUCUGGCCCUCUCCCCAAUUCACUUGGUGAUCUAAGAUACCUCAAAUGGCUUGACCUGCAAGAAAACAACAUGUCAUCUGAAUUCUCCACUCCUGAAAAAGGCUUUCUCUCGUCUUUGACAAACUGCGGACUUUUGAGGCAUCUAGACAUAUCAUCUAAUUCCUUGAAUGGCAUCCUUCCCCAUUCUAUUGGGAAUCUAUCCACAUCUCUUCAAUAUUUGUAUCUAGGAAAUUCCAAAGUCAAGGGAAACAUUCCCAUAGGAAUCGGCAACUUGAGCAAUUUGAUACUUCUGAGCCUUUCAAGAAAUAAUUUGACAGGAUUGAUUCCAGCAACAAUUGGACAAUUGCAACAGCUCCAAGGUCUCUUCCUUUAUAGCAAUAGACUAGAAGGAACAAUCCCAUAUGAUCUUUGUCAUUUAGAGUCAUUAAACGAAUUGAGACUAGAUUAUAAUCAGCUCAAUGGAUCCAUGCCAGAAUCAGUGUUGCCACCUACAGCAGCUAUCAUAUUGAUACUGACCCUCGUCAUCAUCUUCACAAGACCCCGUAAAUCAAAAGCAAAAUCCACAGAUAAAGAAGCCUUUUCAGGUCCAGCAGAAUGGAGGAGAAUUUCAUACCUGGAGCUUCAACAAGCAACAGACAGAUUUAGUGAAAGAAACUUACUUGGCACAGGGGGUUUUGGGUCAGUUUACAAUGGGAUACUACCAGACGGAAUGAACAUUGCAGUAAAGGUCUUCAAUCUGCAAGUAGAGGGUGCAUUUGAGAGUUUUGACACAGAAUGUGAAGUACUACGCAAUAUUCGCCACCGGAAUCUGAUCAAAAUCGUGAGUAGCUGCUGUAAUGAAGACUUCAGAGCCUUGGUUCUGGAGUUCAUGCCAAAUGGAACCUUGGAGAAGUGGUUGUAUUCUGAUGGAUGCAGUUUAGACAUCCUGCAGAGAUUGGAUAUAAUGAUAGAUGUGGCUUCGGCUCUGGAAUAUCUCCACCAUGGACAUCCAGUGCCGGUCGUCCACUGUGAUUUGAAGCCUAAUAAUGUGUUGCUCGAUGAAGAUAUGGUUGCACACGUGGGGGAUUUUGGUCUUGCCAAGCUUUUAGGUGCAGGAGAAUCUGUGACGGAGACCAUGAGGAUUGCCACUAUUGGCUACAUGGCACCAGAGUAUGGAUCGUUGGGCAUUGUUUCUACGAAGGGUGAUGUCUACAGUUACGGAAUUCUACUAAUGGAAGUCUUCACUGGAAGAAAGCCUACUGAUGAACUUUUCUCCGGUGAAAUGAGCUUGAAGCAAUGGGUGAAAGAGUCAUUAUCCUGUUCAGUAGUUGACAUCGUUGAUGCCAAUUUGUUGAACGCAGAAGAGAAGCAUUCUGUUGCCAAGAUAAAAUGUGUCACAUCUAUCAUGGAAAUGGCUUUGGAUUGUUCAGCAGAAUCACCUAAAGAAAGGCCACACAUGAUGGACAUUGCAGCUAUGCUCAAGAAGAUCAAAGGGAACUAUCUGAAAGAUGUUGGAGGUCGUAGGAAUCCAUUAAGCAGACCCAAGUAAAACGUAUAAAAGAUCAUCAUAAUGAUGUAGAUAAUAUCCUGCGAAUAGUGGAAAAUAAAAUUCUCCACUGUCUAUAUUAAGCUGAAACUAAACUCCACUAUGUUUUUCCUCAUCAUUCCGCGAAAACAACUGCAUCUCUAGAUUUGUGUGAUGCCUUUCUCCAAUAUGUCGUGGAAUGUAAUUCGAGUGAAUAUAGAAUGCAAAAGUAC